ACUCGCUGAAUGUUCUUCCAUUCAUUACAUCCCCUCAAGCUCCAACACUUUCAGUGAAGUGGGGUCUAAACUUAAACUACAGAAAUCCUUCACUGGAUGAAAAACAUUUCUUUGCUGCGCGUUCAAGAGAAUACCAUGGUCAAAGCGAGGAGCUUCUCCUCUGGUGUGAGGACACAGCAUGUUUUUGGCUGGGUUUCCAUCCUCUGGUUCACUUCGGCAGUCAGCAUCGCGGGCAGUCAAGAUUUGGAUCUAAAGGUCACGUCCCCCAAGGAGGCAACGUGUGGAGAAAAUGUGACACUGACAUGUGAGGCCAGCUCAUCGCAGCAGAUGGAUAUAAAGUUAUUAUCCUGGCUGGCAAAAAAUAAAACUGUGUGUACACUCGCAGAUGUCCAAACCAACCCUGAGGUUCUGUGUAAAAGCACAGUAGAGAAAAGUAAAAAUCUCACUCUGACUCUCAUUAACGUGAUGCCUGACGAUGAGGGAACGUACCUCUGCAAAAUACAAUCCAAUCUGGGACCACGAUCAAGCCAAGCUUCGGUUACAUUACAAGAUUGCCUUGAAGGUAAGAAGUCCCUCAUUAAUGAAUCCCAUGCUCAGUGCUGGUUCAGUGGAGUUUAUCCCCGCGGCACCGUCCACUGGUUCCAGGAAAAUGUUAAUGUAACGGACACUGCCAGCACAAGGGAAGAGGAGGACCAACAUGGCCAGUACAAAGUCUAUAGUGAAAUAAAUGUGGAGAAAGGAAACCAGGGGGAUACUUACAACUGCUCACUGUGGAUACCUUCUAACAGGAAGUAUCUUGCCAGUCAACUGCUAAAGUCACCAGGAAGCAUGGUCAAAACGCAGUGGAUCUGUGUUACAGUGGGGAUCAUGAUAGUGAAAUUUCUGAAGUAAAUAAACAAAGCAUAAACAAAAAACAGGUAGAAUUCAGGUUUUGACAGUUUGUCCUGUAGAUUUCAUUUGGAAAAGUAUCAAAAUAUGGGAAAUAAAAACUGAAAAGAAAAGAAGGGAAUGAAUAUUGCAGGAAAUUAUUCAGGGUCAGGUGUACUAGACUUGUUUAUCUAUAUGCUGUUUUCUAUGUUUUGUUCAACGUAAUGCACAAUAUUUGUAGAUGUACAAUUUCUGUACCAUUUUCUUGCACUUGAGUGGGUAACUAUCUUCUAUCUAUCUAAUACUAAUACAGGUUUUUAUGCCCCCAACAGCCAAAAUUUGGAUUAGCAAAUAUCUACCUGCAGAAGAGGAAACCAGUCCAUUUAUUGUUUGGUCUGAAUCAAAUCUGCAUUUUCAGCAGUGAAUUUGCAGCACUGAAUGGGAACUUAUUUUAUCACUCAUGGCACAGACAUUUAAACUUCCCCACUUGAUGGCAGUACAGCAUUUACUCUAUCAUGUGCAGUCCAAGAGCAUGAACAAUACGCUGGAACAAGGACAGCAUGCCUUUAUGCAGAAGCAUACAGAUUCUCUGCCUUAACUAACUUUGUGAGGAGAGAGCACUUUGAUUAAAUAAGGUAUAGUUUUCCUGGAAAUAUACCUUAGAAAACUGCUAUGUUUCAGAUACAGCAUUUUUGUUUCCAGAUUUCAUAUACAGUCAUGUUUUACUGGUAUUUUCUGCUCACUGUAAACUACAAAUGACUUUUUUAGAACAUGAAUUUCUUCCUGCUGGCCAGAAAGAGGCAGGUUUUCCAUGCAAGGGUAAUUAUGCUCUAUAUAAAAAAAAAAGGGCUGCUGAUUUACUGCUAUAACCCAUCCUGCAUAUUGUAAAUGCUGUAGAGGAGAGCUCUGUUCAGUGUUCUGAACACUGAACAAGAGCUAAUUUGCCCACUUGUACAUAGUCAAAAAGAUUGUUAAUGAAGACAUAAUUCAUGUGAAAGGCUUAGUUUGGUAGUGGAAAUUAAAAUGAAUAGCAGAGAUGGAAUUCAGCUAAGUAUAUUUGUAUAUACUGUACUAUAUAAUUUUGAGGUCCAUACUUCUGUUUCACAACAUUUCUUAGGUACAUUUUGUACUUUUUACUCCACUGGAUUUAUCUAGCAGCUUCAGUGUUAGUGAAAUUACUUAUUAUAUGCUUAGAACCUCUGCAGUGCUUUACUUUUAAACUAACCAGGGUGUACAAAGUGUCUAAAAUGGCUACAUGUUGACAAAUUACAUCUUUAAGUGAUUAUGUAAAGUGUGAAAUGUAAUAAAUGGGACCUUUUCUAUAUUGUA